AUGGCGUACAAAAGUGAAAAAAUUGGAAUAAUAGGAAGUGGAAUUAUCGGUCGUAGUUGGGCAAUGUUAUUUGCUGGAGUCGGUUAUGAAGUCGUCAUUUACGAUAUUGAACCCAAACAACUGGAAUCUGCAAUGUUGGAUAUAAAAAAUCAACUGGAAACUCAUGAAAAAACUGGAAUGCUAAGAGGAAAUCUAUCGGCUAAAAAUCAAUACGAAUUGAUAAGAACAACAACGAUACUCGCAGAAUGUUUAGACGGUUCGAAAUUGAUUAAAGAAUGCGUACCUGAAGUGUUGGAUAUAAAAAAAAAAGUUUAUAAAGAAAUUGAUGAACUCGUGAGUGAUAAUACUAUUUUAUCCAGUUCUACAUCGACUUUACUACCUUCUUCAUUUUCAUCUGAUUUAAAACAUAAAGGUCAAGUUAUUGUGUCACACCCGGUGAAUCCACCUUAUUAUGUUCCACUUGUUGAAAUUGUUCCAGCACCAUGGACAAAACCAGAAAUAUCUAAAUGCACAUUGGAAAUAAUGAAAGAAAUUGGACAAGUACCUGUACUUUUAAAUAAGGAAAUUGAUGGAUUUGCAUUGAAUAGAAUACAGUAUGCAAUACUUAAUGAAGUUUGGCAUUUGGUUUCUGAUAACAUAUUAAAUGUUGAAGAUAUCGAUAAAGUCAUGUCUGAAGGAUUGGGAAUGAGAUAUGCAUUUUUGGGACCCCUUGAAACAGCUCAUUUAAAUGCAAAUGGCAUGUUGGAUUAUGCAAAUAAAUUUUCAAAUGUCAUUUAUUCAGUGAGCAAAACAAUGAAAGGUGUGCCCAAAAUGGAAGGUCCUACACUCAUGAGUGUGGCAAAUCAAUUAAAUCAAAUGACGCCAUUGGAUAAACUUCAAGAAAAAAGAGCCUGGAGGGAUUCGUGUCUUUUACAAUUGGCACAAUUAAAAAAAAAAAUGCGUUUAUAA